AUGCUCCCAAAUGACCCAACUUUUGUCCCUCCUCGUCUGGCCUCAACACCGCAAAUGGUCGCGCGGGACAUUACUCGGGAAUUUGUUAACGCUGCUUCUAAAUUAAAGCAAGGCGAGCUUGUCAAAGAUGCCGAUUUCACAUUAUUCGAGGCCGUCGGGGCGUUGGAGAUCAUGGACUCCAAGAUGGACAGUGGAUACCUAGGCCCAGGUGAAAGCCAUGCAGAAGCGCUCGAGUAUGACUACGAUGUGAUGCGAGAAUUACAACCGGAAGAAGUGUUGGGACUCAUGGAUCAGUUGUUAUGCCAUGAGAUGGCAUGGCAUAUGGGACACCCCCUCUCACAAACCCUCUUCACAUCGGUAUAUCUCGACAAACUCCUCUGGCCCGUCCCCAAAUCCUUCGACGAAUAUACCUUCCACCGCGGUGAUACUCAAAUGCAAUCAGAGAACGAGCAACAGCAAGCUUUAGUGCACCUCGUAUUAAGGGCAUACUGUUUGGGGUUGGUCAAGUGCUGUGACUUGGUCCAUCGGAGGAUUACUCAAGAAUAUUAUUAUGAGGAAGAGGAUUUUGUUCCUCAACUUUAUAAUCGCAGUCUACUCAGCGAGUUUGAUAUCGAGCCUGCGCAGAAAGUCCUCGAUGCGGCCGUUGGUUAUUUGCAGAAGCUUGGGGAGGAUGGAUUAAGUAUAGCUGUCAGAGAUGCAUUGAUUGAUAGGUUACAGUUAAGGAGUCACUUCCUUGAGGCGUUAAGUAAGGAUAUGGAGGCAGCAUUUUCGCAAGAUAAACAGCCUUUCAAGGCUUGUCUGUCGUUGAUUGCUCCUGUUGAGAAGUCGGCAACUUAUGGAACACCCGUUCCAGAGUCUUUCACAUUGAAGAUUCAGCGAAAAUUGGCCAGUACGAUACCGCCUCGGCCAAUGGUUACGAUCGAAAUCAAGGCUGCUAUCGAUUACCUAAAACGGUUGUUUCAAGAUGCCAUUGAUAUGCAUGACAUACUGCUUUAUAGCAGUCCGAGCGACUUAAGAGUCUGCGUCUGGACAAUUGCAUCAAGAAAACCGCAUCCAGGGAUAUAUAUCCGCUGUCUUAUGCAAGCCUUUAUUGUGAAUGAGAUGAAGAUAUUAGGCUCAAAGUCCGUCAAGCAGCUAUUCUACGACGACCUCAGAGACCUUGUACUACCGUUGAGCACGUUGCUCGACCCGGAGAAUGAAGAGAUUGAAUUACCGAGUGAUCCUCGGUUUCAAAUACAUCAGAGUAUGGAUUCAUUUGUGGCUAGGGUUGCUCACCCGUUCGUUGAUACAUUUCGCACUUCGUGUUUGAAUCGAUCUCGAGUACGCCGUGCCUUGUGUCACUCUAUUGUGGAAUGGGAUAAUCUUCAAAUUGAGGCUGAAGAACUCGACACACAUCUUCAAAUGUUAACCGGCGAAGUAUCAUUGACCCUAGAAAACGGCCAAUCAACCUAUGCUUAUCCACUAGGCAGUUGGGUAUAUCACGAAAAACUAAAACAAAUGGAACUAAUCUUCCAGAUGGGAUUUGAGUUAUCUAUUUACGCCCCAGAGGAACUUGGCGGAAUGUAUUGGUAUUUGUCACAUCUAUGUUCCAGCCAUCAACUCCACAUUGAACGAAUACAAGCGUUCGUUCACGCAGAGGGCAGAAGAAGCAAACGUUUCAGGGGCAACGAAGCCACCUUUGAACGAACACUCACAAUCCUCGGCCGUCAUAGUCUCUGGCUCAUAGCAACAGAGACAUUAUCUCUUGGCCUUCAAGCGCUAUACGUAUUCCUCGAGCGCCACAGGGUUCUCCCUCAUGCAGCUUCGCAAAAUGCAUACUCCAGCGCCCGAUUCCGAUAUGAACUUCGUAUGAAACCAUUUUUGCCCAUAAGUCUACCGGAAUUGAUCUCAUACGACCAAUACGAGGACAAUGCAACCCUCAAGGGUCAGACUGAUAGCGACUUACUCAAGAGAGCUAGCGGCGCAAUUGCCGAUGCUCGCAAAGCAUGGGAAGCGGUCCUUGCGCAGGGCGCUUUUGUCACAACCACAACGCAACAGAAACAACAAAAUAGCGGUGAAGCAGUGCGCAGACCGGCCAUUGAAGCGGACUGGCAACGCAACACAAAGGAUUCACUCCGAGCAUGUAUAGGCGCUAGUAUUGCGAUUCAGACAGUCACCAAGAUUUUCGGCAAGAUGAACUUGUCCUCGUCUGUUCCGACGACUAAUGGAAAGAAGUCAUUGCCAAUCAAGGUCGAGAUUCCAGAAGUUGGCUCGACAGGGCGGUACCAUGACUGUCAAACCCAUUCCUUCACUAUUUAUGCGAGUUAUCUGAUGGCCCGAUCAAGAUCCACAUCUCAAUUGGCUAUGCAUAUCUUACCUUUUUCUGUUCUCUCGGUAUUUGCCCCUCUGCAUGCGUAUAAAUCAUAUGCCGUGCCACCAAGUCCGCGGGACUGA